GACCACCUUCACUGCCCUUUUUACCUGUGUAACAGUUCUCUUGCCAGCCCAGUUCUGCUCCAAGAGAUCCAUUUAAAAACUUGACUGCCUUAAAGUUUUACUAUCUUUGCAUUUCGUUGCCGAUUGAUCCUUAAUCUUUACAUCUUUACUAGACUAGAACACAACCCUGUGAGCACUUCUAUCACUUCCCCCACCACCACCCCCCCACACACAGGGAGGGAGGAGAAUCACAGAGAUCCUCAUACACACUGCUCACCUGCUCACUUUCCUGACGAGAAAGUUAUUUCUGGUAGGUCUGGGGUCACAAUCCCCCAGGGAUUUCUCUUCCCCAGCAAGCAGGAAGUCCCAGUGGUAAGCCUCUUGCAGCUGGAAGGUCCCUGGCCCUGCCUCCCGGGACAUCAGUGGGGCGGGGACUCAAUUCCGGGGGCAACACGUCCUGGGAGAGCUAGACGGAAGCACUGGGACUGACACGUGGACUUGGGCGGUGCUGCCCUGUGGGUUGUCCUAGGUCUGAGGUGGGAGGGCACGAUACACAACGGUGCCCAUGCCAUCCCAGCGCUCUAGCCUGAUGCAGCCAGUCCCAGCGGAGACCCGCAAGACCCCUUCUGCGGCAGCAGAGGAUACACGGUGGUCCAGGCCUGAAUGCCAGGAGUGGACAGGGAUGCUGCUCCUGGGCACCUGCCUGCUGUACUGUGUCCGUGUCACCAUGCCUGUCUGUACUGUUGCCAUGAGCCAGGACUUUGGCUGGAACAAGAAGGAAGCUGGUAUCGUGCUCAGCAGCUUCUUCUGGGGCUACUGCCUGACUCAGGUGGUGGGCGGCCACCUUGGGGAUCGCAUCGGAGGUGAGAAAGUCAUCUUGCUGUCAGCCUCUGCCUGGGGUUUCAUUACUGUUACCACACCACUGCUUGCCCACCUCGGCAGCGGCCACCUGGCCUUCAUGACAUUCUCUCGAAUCCUCACAGGUUUGCUCCAAGGUGUCUACUUCCCAGCCCUGACCAGUCUGCUGUCCCAGAGAGUGCAGGAGAGCGAGAGAGCCUUUACCUACAGCACUGUGGGUGCUGGCUCCCAGGUCGGGACCCUGGUGACUGGAGGUAUAGGCUCUGUGCUCCUAGACCAGUGUGGCUGGCAGAGUGUCUUCUACUUCUCAGGUGGCCUCACCUUGCUCUGGGCAUACUACGUGUACAGGUACCUGCUGAAUGAGAAAGACUUUGUCCUGGCCUUAGGUGUCCUGGCACAAGGCCUACCUGUGACCAAGCCCUCCAAAGUGCCCUGGAGACAACUCUUCCGGAAGGCCUCUGUCUGGGCAGCAAUCUGCUCCCAGUUGUCCUCGGCUUGCUCCUUCUUCAUUCUACUCUCCUGGCUGCCCACCUUCUUCAAGGAGACCUUCCCCAACUCCAAGGGCUGGGUCUUCAAUGUAGUCCCCUGGCUGCUGGCAAUUCCUGCCAGUCUAUUCAGCGGGUUCAUCUCCGACCGCCUUAUCAGUCAGGGUUACAGAGUCAUCAUGGUGCGUAAGUUCAUGCAGGUCAUGGGCCUUGGUCUGUCAAGCAUUUUUGCCCUGUGUCUGGGUCACACCACAAGCUUCCUCAAGGCUAUGAUCUUUGCAUCAGCUUCCAUUGGCUUCCAGACCUUCAACCACAGUGGUAUUUCAGUCAACAUUCAGGACCUGGCCCCAUCCUGUGCUGGCUUCCUGUUUGGUGUAGCCAACACUGCAGGGGCCUUAGCAGUCCCACCCAGGACCUGGUGUCAGCAGCCUGAGGAUGACAACUCUGUCAGUGAAACUCUGUGGACUCCACCUCGGAUGUAUGAACAGACAACAAGACAACAGUCUCCUGGGGAAUUCAAAUGGGCUGGAGAGAGGUGGAGAGAUAGGUAGGCCUGAGUACAUGCAGGCCUUUGUCAGGAGGAGGGUCAUAGGUCCACAUCUGCUUGUUAGUCCUGCCCUCUCUCAGGUUCAGUGGGACUGCUGCUAUUAUGGAAGCUGCAUUACUGAUGGGAGGUCUCCCCAGCUCCAGUCAAUGAAAGUCGUUUCUCUGACAAGAUUUGUCUGUGUUAAGGAUGCAUUGUGUGCUGGUAGAUGUUCAGGAGUGACUCUGACCCCCGACCUAUCCAGGCAUCUCCCUACCUCCAUCUUUCCAGUAAUGAUAACCUAAGAUGUCUAUAGACAUUAGACCAUGUCUCCAUGAGACAGACCCACUAGAACCACCGUUCAAAACCAUAGAGCAGUCAUGAUAUCUGCUUCUUUCAAAAAAUCAGGCUAGAGGUUCUUUGCCUGCCUUUGCAGACCCCAGUUCUCGUCCUGUGGAUCUCUCAGCACUAUUGAUGUGUCCUGGGUUGGCAGGUGCCUGGCAGUCCAGUCAUUACAGACCCCAGAACAAGGUGGAACAACCCCAUACUUCUGGCCUUGUUUUUCUACCUCCCCAUUAUUCCUUGUAGAGCUGGUGGUGUCAUAAGCAGAUAAUGAAUUCUGAUAAUGAAUUCUCCAGGAUGCUUAUUAGAUUUUCUUAAUAGAUAUGGUGAGUCUCACCAGAGCCUUAUUUAAGUGAAAAGUAUUAAACUAUUUAAAAUAAGAUUGUUGUUUUGUU